UUUUUUAAUGGAGGCCACACUAUUCGGUUGAAUACAAUACAAAUUGUGUGUUUAAUUAACGUUUUUCAUUUAGAUAGUGUUUAUCGGUGACAAAUUUAUUUUAGAGGAAACUUUAGUGAACAGAAGUUGUGCGUUUCUAACGCUAACUUAUGCGGAAAAUUUCGAAACAAUGAGAGUCGCUCAAAAAUUAAAUUUUGAAGCAUGUGACGAGGACGAUCACAACAUUAAUAGUUCGGGAUGCGGUGAUGAUAUUUCUGAUUCUUCUAUCGAUGAUUUUUAUAUAUCACCAUUGUCAAACCCAUCGAAAUCGGCUAUUAAUAAUCUAAUGGAUUGCAGUGAUUACGAAACAAUUCAAUCCUUUUCGAGGAAUAAUCAUUUUCCUGCCACCACAUCAAUGACAGCCUCUAGUGAAAUAAGAAUUCCACUUCGGGAAAGUGGAUCACCAAAGAAAAUGUCAAUGGCUUGUAGCCCUCCAUACAAAAGAGUUCGAGCACUGAGACUUUUUGAUUCACCAGCAACUCCUAGGACUCUAAUAGAAAAAAGUGUAUUUCACACACCAGUACCGUAUAAAUGUUCGAGACUUUUUUCCAUCGAUAAACCACGACCAAAACCCGUUGGUUUUCCAGUGAAAACCGAUAAACCGGCAGCUAAUGUAAAUCCAUUUACACCAAAUGGAAUGCUGUUAAAUGCCAAAAAGAGGACGAGGUCUAAACGAAAUCUUCUCGAAACAUCAGACAUAGAAGUCCCAAAAUUCGAACUUGAUUCUGAGGAUUCGGAAAGUGAAAUGGAACAACCGACAAAGCGUGUAGCACUUCAAGACUCGAAUAUUCCUCGAUAUCGACAAGAAUUUUUGGAACUUGGAAUAAUUGGUUCAGGUGAAUUUGGAUCAGUUUACAAAUGUAUUAAUCGAUUGGACGGCUGUACGUAUGCAGUGAAAAAGAGUUUAAAACCUGUCGCGGGCAACAUUAACGAAAAAAAUGCGCUAAAUGAAGUUUACGCACAUGCAGUUCUUGGAAAGCAUGAGAAUGUCGUUCGAUAUUAUUCUGCCUGGGCGGAGGAUAAUCAUAUGAUAAUUCAAAAUGAAUACUGUAAUGGUGGAAGUCUCGCUGAUGAGAUAAUAAAACAAGAGAAGGAGAAGAGAUUUUUCUCUGAAUUGGAAAUACGACAAUUAUUAUUACAUGUAGCGAAGGGACUUCGAUAUAUUCAUAGUAUGCAUCUCGUUCAUAUGGACAUUAAACCAGGAAAUAUAUUUAUUUCGAGGGAGAAAAAAUUGGGUGCUAUGAAUGAUGAUUCGGCAGAUGAUGGUUUUGACGAGGAGGAAACCGUUGAGGAGGAAAUUACCUACAAGAUCGGUGAUUUUGGUCAUGUGACGUCAAUAAAUAAUCCUCAGGUUGAAGAGGGUGAUUGCCGUUAUUUACCAACGGAAAUUCUUCACGAAGAUUUUACUCAUUUAACAAAGGCGGAUAUUUUUGCUCUUGGUUUAACAGUCUAUGAAGCGGCCGGUGGUGGUGCUUUGCCGAAAAAUGGUCCCGAGUGGCACAAAAUUCGUAAUGGAGAACUAAAAGAACUACCUCGUUACAGUAAAGAUCUCAAUGAUUUACUAAAGUUAAUGAUUCAUCCUAAUGCGGAAGUGAGGCCCUCGGCAUCAUGUCUCAUUCAGAAUAAAUUACUGUCAGCAAAAACUAAAGUUCAAUUACGUCGAGAGACUGAUGCGGAAAAACAUAAGGACGAGGGUGGAAAGAAUGCACCAAACGAUGUUGAAAUGAAUGGUGCAAUUAGUAAAAAUUUCUGUGGUUACCAAUUGAGACCAACGCCAACAAGAUUGUCAUCACGUGUGAUAGGUAAAAAAGUCAAUCGAAGCCAUAGCACAAUUUUCUAAGUAUCAUAUAUUCUAAAAAUGAUGAAAAGAAAGUUAUGCGCGCAAAAAAAAAUCUGUUAUUCCCAUUGGUACCCAUUGGUGCCUUUAUAUUGUGAUAUCGUUAGUUCUCGAUCAUAAGCAAAAUCUUGAUUUGGAUAAUACGGUACUCAGAGUGAAAUUGCCCAAUUUGAUAAAUUUAUCAUUCAAAUCUCUCUCACAUUUUAAAUGUACCUUUUUAAGUAUUCAUUUCAAAUUUAGCACAUUUAAAAAGUGAUUUUACAAAAAAAGAAAGAAAGAAAAUAUCAAUUUAAUGAUAAGAUCUUUAUAUUUGAAAAUAGUUGAAAGAUUGUUCGAUUAAAAGUGCUUCCGAAAGAAAAGACUAAUUGAAAUUAGACACAAGGCUUUUCAAAGCUUUCAUGACAAUUUUAAAUUACAAUCAAUUUAAAAGUAAUGAAUUAAUUUUUUGAAGAAAGAAUUUAGCAAUUUAACUCUGCAUGACCAGAAAUGUUGAUGUGUUUUUUUUUAAAUUAUUUUUAUAGAAAUAUUGUAUUUGGAUCGAUUCUUAGUCAACGUUUAAAUGUCUUAUUUAAUUCCUCUUUUUAAAUUGCUAUUUCUAGUAUCUAGAAUUUAAUCGCGUUGUCGUUUAUAUUUUUUUUGGCAAAUAUUUUCCAAUUUCUAAUUGUUAAAAAUGUUUCUAAAUAAUUUUCAUUUUUGACAUUUCUUUUCAAUGAAAAAUAUCAAUUUUUUUCCAAUGUAUUUCUCAUGCAUUAAUUAAAUCGCGUUUUAGUUUUUUAAACGCGUGUAAUGUUGGUCGUUUAUGUGAAAAAAAGAAAUUUGUUUAAUUAUUAGACUUUCCGUCUUAAUUUUUGAUUCGUAUGAAUAUUAAUUAUACGAAACGGUGCUUUUACAAGCCCUUAUUAUUCUAAAGAAAAGUAAUUUACUUGAUUAACAAGAUAACUUUUACAAGGACAUCUUGAAAUGAUUAUUUGUGAUUGAAUUUGAAACCAGUUUCUCAGAAUUUUACUAUCAAAUAUAAUUCUGUCGCAGGAUAAAAUUUUGCAAAUUUUGUUUAUUUAAUUUUAAAUCGAAGCAUGUUUGUAUAGAUUAGAAAAAAGUACGCUUUCUUGUAAUAAUUUUUAAUUUGCUUACUGAGGAGAGGCGACUCUGUGAGGUAAAAAAAAAAUAUCGCAUUUAUAUUUUAAUACGACGUGAUUAUAAUUGUUUCUCCGUUCACCUAUUAAUAUCAUUAAUAUGAUUACGAAAAUAAAGAUUUAAUUUGAAUCUA